GCCCCGGCUAAUCGUCAACAGCUGCAACCAUGGCGCUCAGCGAUGCCGACGUACAGAAGCAGAUGCCACUUCUUCAGUUUGGCAGCCACAGUUUCAGACUUUUAGCUGCCCAGAGCUCCUCCAUGGCUGGCUGUUUGAAAUGACAACUUGUGGUUUGAAAAACACUUCUUAUAACCUUGGCUACACGGCAGAUCAAGCACAUGAUGGCCUUCAUCGAACAGGAGGCAAAUGAGAAGGCAGAAGAAAUCGAUGCAAAGGCGGAAGAAGAGUUCAACAUUGAGAAGGGCCGACUGGUCCAAACUCAGAGGCUGAAGAUAAUGGAGUACUAUGAGAAGAAAGAGAAGCAGAUUGAGCAGCAGAAGAAAAUCCAAAUGUCCAACCUGAUGAACCAGGCUCGACUGAAGGUACUCAAGGCCCGUGAUGACAUGAUUUUGGAAAUGCUGAACGAGGCUCGCCAGCGGCUCGCUAAGAUCGCUAAAGAUCCGGCCAGGUAUCCAGCUCUGAUGGACGGGUUGAUCUUACAGGGAUUUUAUCAGCUUCUUGAGCCCAAGGUGAUUCUUCGCUGCCGUAAACAGGAUUUGCACAUGGUACAGGCGUCCAUCCAGAGGAAUAUUCCCAUAUAUAAAGCAGCUGUUAAGAACAACCUGGAGGUCCACAUUGACCAGGACAAUUUCCUCCCCCAAGACAUGUCUGGAGGGAUUGAGAUCUAUAAUGCUGAUAGGAAGAUCAAGGUGUCAAACACCCUGGAGAGCAGACUGGACCUCAUGGCUCAGCAGAUGAUGCCUGAAAUCCGAGUGGCUCUCUUCGGUGCCAACCCAAAUCGCAGGUUUAUGGACUAAUUGGCUCCACUGUAUUAGAGGAAAACUCUCUCCAUUCAUUUUUUUAUUUUUGUCUUGUGAAAGACGUCACUCAUCUGUCUGUGAAACAAAUUUUCCGAUCCAAAAGAGACGCAUUGUGUUUGUGUGAUGUGUUGCUGUAUUUUUCUGUGCAUUAAGGGAUGUGACAAAUGCUGCAGCUGAACUUUACAGAACCCGGGUACCGUACAGCUGCAAUGACUGGUUGUCUCUGCGGCUCCCUUUCAGGGGUCUCAGUUUACACUGAUCAGUUCAGGGUGACGGGAUUGGCUGAUUGCCUGGAUGUUGAACCACCUGUCCUCUGAGGAAUCUGUCACAGUUUUCACAGCUUCAUUAACUUCUACCCCACAAUAUAAGUUGCUUGGAGCAAUGUGUUGCUAAUGGGUGUCUGCUCCAACCAGUCACAGAGAAAUGCCUAGUAACAAAGCUGUACAUGACCUUACAUGUUUAAUUUAUUGAUGUCACAUCGAAUGUUUGUUAUUCUUCUGCCAUGGAUUCAAGAAUGGGUGAUAGAAUUCCAGACGCUGCACUGUAUGUAUAUGAGGUUUCCAGAUUAAAUUAUAUGUAUGUGUGGUUGUUUUGAUUUAGUAUUUCUCUUUUUUUUUUUUUUUGACUGUCUCAAACUGAAAAUGUUGUAUU